AGCCGGGCCCGAGGCGAGCGCCGAGCUGCUGCGAGCCUUCCUGCGCCGCCGCCACCGCCUCCUCGACACCGCCUUCAUGUACGCGGGCGGCGAGUCCGAGCGCAUCCUGGGCGCGCUGCUGGCCGGCGGCACCGAGCCCGUGGAAGUGGCCACCAAGGCCAACCCGUGGGAUGGGAAGACGCUGAAGGCGGAGAGCGUGCGCUCGCAGCUGGACACGUCCCUGCAGAGGCUGCAGAGGACGAGUGUGGAGCUCUUCUACCUGCACGCUCCUGACCACGGGACCCCGGUGGAGGAGACCCUGCGUGCCUGCAAUGAGCUGCACAAAGAGGGGAAGUUUAAAGAGCUUGGCCUGUCAAACUAUGCUGCAUGGGAGGUGGCAGAAAUCUGCACCAUCUGCAAGUACAACAAAUGGGUGAUGCCAACUGUGUACCAGGGAAUGUACAACGCGACCACUCGCCAGGUGGAGGCCGAGCUGUUCCCCUGCCUGAGGCACUUCGGGCUGCGCUUCUACGCCUACAACCCUCUGGCAGGGGGGCUGCUGACCGGCAAGUACAAGUACGAGGACAAAGACACGCGCCAGCCCACUGGGAGAUUUUUUGGGAAUGACUGGGCUCAGGCCUACAGGGACAGGUACUGGAAAAAACACAAUUUUGAGGGAAUUGCACUGGUAGAAAAAGCUCUGAAAGAGGCUUAUGGCUCCACUGCACCCAGCCUGGCAUCUGCUGCACUGCGCUGGCUCUACAACCACUCCAAGCUGCAGGGUUCUUUUGGAGAUGCGGUGAUCAUUGGGAUGUCCAACCUGGAGCAGCUGGAGCAGAACCUGGACUACAGCGAGGAGGGUCCCCUGCUGCCGGCCGUGGUGCAGGCGUUUGACGAGGCCUGGAACCUGAGCGCACACGACUGCCCCAACUACUUCCGCUAGGGAGCGCUGGGCCAGCGGCCCAGCCGCGCAGAGGUACCGCCCUCCCUGCCCUCCCCGCCACGCCUGGAGGGCUGCGGCUUUCUCCUGAAUCAAUGAAGCUUUGUAGGAUCCACACCCGUGUGCCUUGGUCCUCUCUCCUGGCCCCUCACCUCCUCGAGCACACCCUGUGAUUCAGGAUGCAGCUGAUCACGAAAAUGAACACGUUAACGAGGUGAAGGCCCCUGUUGUGCUUUAAUGUGAAAUCUUAAAUAAUUACAUACAAGAAUAAAACCUCUUUCUAGUGCAGACCCCAUGUCUGACCUCGGCCUGGAAUCUGGCAUCUCUUUGGCAGCACUUGGGGACUCGGAAUCACAGAAUUUCAGGAUCUUUUGGGCUGGAAGGUGCUUAAAUCUCAUCUUGUUCCACCCCCUGCCAUGGGCAGGGACAUCUUCUACUAUCCCAGGGUGCUC